AUGAUUAUAUCACAUGAUUCAAGUAUGGAUGAACAAUCACCCAUAACUAAAUAUUCUUCAAUAUCUUCUUCUUCUUCUUCUUCAAUAACAACGAUAGAAGAUGAUUUAACUCAUGAACUUGAAAAUAUGUGGAAAUUUAAAUUUACUCAGACAGCACCCUCUUCAACUCUAUCCUCAUCAUUUGAUAUUGAUUCUGAAGAUUUACUUUUUCAGUUACUUGUUUCUCAAGCUUUAAUUGAAGCUCGUGACUAUAAAACUUUAUCUUUUGAAGAGUUUGAAACAUUAAGACAACAUCAAGUACGACUUAAAACAAAACUGAAAGCGACAACACAAAGACUUCAAAUUGAUAAAAUGAUUCAAGAAACUUUACAAUCUCUUUUAACUCUUUCAAAUGAUAAGAAUCGAGAAUCGGUCACGUUAUUAUUAGAUGAAAGCCAAGAGACAGAUCGAAAGGUCAAGAUUUUGACUCAACGACUUGAAGAACUUGAAUCAGAAGAGAUUGAAACAGACUAUCAAGUAUUACAACAUACAGCGGGUGUACUCUGUCUUGGAUUACAAAAGUUAGAACAAUUAGAGUCGUCGACAACAACAACAACAAGUGGGGCGAUCUAUCUUCACUCUCCUCAUCAUACAGCUAUACACGAUAUGAAAGCGAAAUUAAUCGAUUUACAAUCUGAAUUAGAUACCACCAUCAAGCCUAUCUUGAAAAGAAUUUUAAAAGCAUUUGAUAUGUCUUCUAUAGUCCAACAUUCAAAUUCACCCAUUGAAUGGCUUGAUUAUCUUGAAUUCAACUUUGAUAGUCAAGUUCAAGAGGAUGUGAAUCAACUGAUUGAAUUAAAAAGGACGGUACCUAUCAUGGAGUCUGAGAUGGCAAGGAUCCAAUCUCUAGUCGCUCUCUAUCAAGCACGAGAGAAUGAAUUAAAGACAGAGAUAGAGUAUUAUCGUGAUCAAGUACUGAAAUUACGUAUUGAAAGAGAGCAAGAUCCUAUCCCCGAUCACAGGAAGGAUGAUGAUGAUGAUGAUGAGCAAAAAUUACAAGAAGAACAAGAAGAGUAUCAAGCCCAAUUAAAGGAACAGGCUGCCCUUUUAGAUAAACUUUCACGAGAUUGUGAAAAUUGGCAAAGGGAACAUGAUAGAUUAUUCACUAUCUGUCAUGAUUUACAUACGUUGGUAAAGGACAAGGAAAGGAUACUGGAUAUGCGUGAUGUUCAAAUUCAUGAAUUAGAGUUAGUCAACAACGCUACUCCUGAAGUCGAUUCAUUACGAGCUGCGUUCUUGGUCAAGGAGGCAGCUUGGAUUGAAAAGAGUGCAGUCAUGGAGGCAAACUAUGAGGGUAUCUUGAAGGAAUUUGAUCGACUUACGGGGACUGCAAUGGAAUUUGAAAGGGAGAAAGUGAAUUAUGAACGACGUCUUGACCAACUCACACAGCAAGUAAAAGAAAUCGAAGCUCAAUUAAUAGAGGAAGGAAAGGGAAGACAAUGGAGUAAGACGGAUACAUUAACGACAGCUUCCUUAAGAAAAGAAUUUAAAAAGAUGAUACAUGUGAUGAAAGCAGAUCAUCAAAGAGCGUUAGAAAAGGAGAUGGAAGAAAAAAGACAUUUAGAAAGACAAUUAAAAAAUCUUAAACAUGAAAGAGAGAUGUCAAGAUAUGAACGUAUUAAUAAAGGCAUUCAAACUCUAUCCAUAUAA